AUGAUUUCAGGACUCUCCAAAGCUGUCGUUCUUUACCUCGCUCCUGUGCUUCAAUUAACCGCCAUACUUCUUUCACUGUUUUCUCUCCUUGCACCUACAUUGCUUCUUCAUGACAGGGUGUCUCUAAUAACGGUUUUGCCAUCGACGGAACUACAAGCUGAGACGCAAAGUGUCGAUGGCCCCAGUGUCUUCAUGGGGAUGCUCGUGCGCCAGAGCCAAGGACGGUGCAAGCAUAAACUGCACAAGCGUCACAAUGUCCCCCAAAUAUGUAAUGCACCCACUAUGUUGCUCUCAGCACCUUCGGCCUCCGUUCCGGCUUUCGUGGCAAUUGGGAUCUUCCUCUCGACUGUCUUCUUCGUGAUUUUUACCGUCAUUUCGUUCCGCCACAAAAUGGGUGCCAAGCUUGCUGCACUUUUGGAGAAGCCUAUGUUGCCCCGUGUAUCGGCCUGGAUUGGUGUCUUCGGUUUUCUUAUUGGCUUAACUUCUUUCCUCAUACUCCGUAUGUGGUUUGGAAAAUCCGUCCAAGAUUUCAAUGGCAGUAUCUCAGUGCAAGGAAAGAAUGGCCCUCAGCUUAUUGCAUCCAUCGGAAAUGCUUUUACCAUGGCUUGGGUGGCAUAUGCAUUCUACGCCGUUCCCGUUAUCAGCUCUCUGACCAAGCUCAACAUAACAUCUACCAAAAGUAUUUGA